AUGAAGAUAUUUGUGACGAUACUUGUGGCCACAUUGGCGCUGGCUCGUGCCGACAUCAGUUUAACGCAACAGGGCUACAAUUAUCGCAUGCAACAGCAACCCACUGUAGUGGCACAUCUGCUCAACCAGCAGUUGCAACAACACCAACAGCAGCAGCAGCAGCAGUCACAUUCCUCACAUCCGGUGUUGCCACCACUGGCCCUGCCAUUGCCCUAUCUGCCACCUGCAACUCAAUACCAGCCGCAGCCACAGCAACAGCAGCUGCCACGCUCCACUUCCCCAUUUCCCAUGCCAGCCAAUUUUCCGAUCAACUUCCAGACAGCGCCACUGCAACAGCAGCGUCGCGCUCGUCCACGUGUCCGCAUUCCCAAGAAGCCAAUUGUCACAAAGAACUUCUUCAUUCACUCGGCACCCGAGGAGUCGGACGAUGAGAUUCAGGAUGAGCUGCAGCAGCUGUCACAGCAGCCACGCAAUCACUACAAUGUGCUCUUUGUUAAGACGCCAGCUCAGACGAAUCGCGCCGCUGCCUUGAAUCUGGCCAAGUCUCUGAAGCAAGAGAAGACGGUGGUCUAUGUGCUGGCCAAGAAGACAAGUGCGUCUGAUUUGCAGGACGCCAUUGCCGAUGCGCCACAGCACAUUAACAAGCCCGAGGUGUUCUUCAUCAAGUAUCGCACGCCCGAAGAGGCUUUGAAUGCCCAGCGACAGAUUCAGUCCCAAUAUGAUGCUCUGGGCGGCAGCUCCACCAUUACCGAUGAAGGUCUGGCGCCAAUCACAUCUGUUGUCGGCUCACUGGAUGCACCCGAAGAGGAGGAAGAGGAGCUGCAACAGCAGAAUAUUGAGGGCAAUUCCAACACCAGUGGCAACCUCAAUGGCAAUGGGCCAAUAAGCAAUCAUUAUUUGCCCUCCAAUCAGUUCUAAAGUAUCUUCAUUGCUCACCAAAACUGAAUCUUAGUUAGUUACUAGUUACAUUGCCGUUGAACUCGCAUUUCUUGUUGUCUAAG